UCCGGGUCAAAACAUCCUGGUCCCACGGCCUGGAUUUUCUCUCUACAAGACAUUGGCUUAUCUCUGGGGGUGGAAGUGAAACUCUACAACUUGAUUCCAGAGAAGUCCUGGGAGAUUGAUCUGAAACACAUGGAGUCUCUAGUGGAUGAUAAGACCGCCUGUAUCAUUGUCAAUAACCCAUCCAAUCCUUGUGGCUCUGUCUUCAGCAAGAAACACUUGCAGAAAAUUAUUGCCGUGGCAUCCAGGCAGUGUGUACCUAUCUUGGCUGAUGAGAUCUAUGGAGACAUGGUCUUUGAAUACGGUGCCUUCCAGGCUCUGGCACCACUGAGCACUAAUGUCCCAAUUUUGUCAUGUGGCGGUCUUGCUAAGCGUUGGCUGGUGCCAGGAUGGAGGAUGGGAUGGAUUUUAAUCCACGAUCGGAAAGAAAUUUUUGGAAAAGAGAUUAGAGAGGGCCUUGUACGCCUGAGUCAGAGAAUUCUCGGUCCAUGUACCAUCGUCCAAGGAGCACUGGAUCACUUAAUCAACAGGACUCCUCAACAUUUUUAUGACAACACCAUCAACUUUAUCAAGUCUAAUGCUGACCUCUGCUAUAAUACCCUCUCCGCCGUCCCUGGACUCUGCCCUGUGCGACCAGCAGGAGCCAUGUAUUUAAUGGUUGGGAUUGACAUGGAACACUUUCCAGAAUUUGAGAGCGAUGUGGAUUUCACGGAAAGAAUGAUAUCUGAGCAAUCCGUCUUUUGUCUUCCAGCUACCUGCUUUGAAUAUCCCAACUAUUUUCGGGUCGUGCUCACCGUUCCAGAAGAAAUGAUGGUAGAGGCAUGCCGGCGCAUACGGGAGUUCUGCCUGGAGCACUACCAAGGCGGAGAGGCUGUGCAGGACCUGGAGUGCGACAAAUAA